AUGCCCAGCUAUGGCGGUAUCACGGUCUUGUUGCAGACACAAUACGAUGCCCUCCCGAUACCAGAAUACGCGCCGCCGCCACAGACUACAUCGCCUUCAGUAUCGGACACGCGACCCUCCGGCUACAUUCAGACUGCCGCUAGUCUGAGCUCGUCGCAUGGCUCUACUACUCGCCCUGGGAUACUGCGCGCACCGCAUACACCGUGCGCUUCAUCCAAUGCCAGUAUCACAUCUGGAACGUCGACUGUCGCGUCGCCAGCGGACCGUAAUGCUUCUAGAACAAGCUUACUAUCUCGCUCUUCAACCCUCCGCUCCUUGUGCUCGGGGCCAUCGAUCGUAACAGAGACACUAUCACAGGAGCCGUCAGUCGAAUCCUUCGUGCCGAUCUACUAUGGAGCGCAGUUCUGGAUACAUUACGACUGCCUGAUGGCGCAACAUCGCGAUGAAAGACUCUUCGAAGACGAACAGCACGACGAGGUGAAGUACUAUUACUUCAAGGUGUUCAUCGGUGGCAGGUGCGUCUCGAGCUGGGGUGUGGGUGGAAAGGAUGGCUGGCGCGGCAAGGUAUCAUUUGGCAUCUUCAAUGGCGGCACAGACUUUGAGGGUAAUGACACCGUGGAGAGAAAAGCAUUCUUCUUCCCAAGGAAGCACAGGGGUUGCCGAGACGUACAUGGUGGGCAAUUCGACAUCAGGGUGUACCGGAGCAAGGCGAGGAAGCGCGAGCCUUUGACGCUGCCGAAGUAUGAAGACAAAGCAAGUAAAGGUGGCGGUUUCGACGUGCUCGAUGCCGGCCGUGUCAGGAGAAGUGAUCCAAAGCGCAUGUACACCUACGCGCUAAUCGAUCCUAUCGACGAGCCAUAUGCAACGUUCAGAUACCACUUGCGUAGCAUCGCUCAACUCACCGACAUGGGUAUCGAUCUGGGCGCCUACAAAGCAAGCUUCUACGCUUCUUCACCACCACAAAGCCCAAGAUCGCUGUCACCCGUGAGCUCUCCACAGCUGUCGUCGCCGGCGCCAGCAAUAGCUCGAGAUGAGUUGAGCAGCUACCGCCUUUCCUUCCCGCCACGUAUGCAGCUCACGGCCAGCACAUCAAGCUGCAGUCGUGGAUCGCCGAUCAAGCGCAAUGCCUUUCACGGCGCAGAGCUUCAACGCCAUGACUACGAGAACGUGAUGCACCGUCCAAGCGAAGACGAAGCUCCUCAAAGUCUGGACGAAGCGCUCGAGAGGUUCGACAGAUUGAGCAUGUUGGAUCAGUUUAUGAAGGUCAAUGAUCUUCGUGACCCAGCAGUGGGCCAUCAGCGCUUCGACAGCAUGGACAUGGUAGAUCAGAACCUUUACGGGACUUUGCCAGCGGCCGACAUACCGGACUGGGUCAUGAGUAAGCCACUACCUGCACCACCUGAUAACGUGGCUCCUAUCGAAGGACAAGCAGCAGGGCAGAACAAAGUGGGAGCUCUGGCGUCGCUAAGAGGCUUCAUGGGUUCAAGAUCGAAGAGAGUUUAG